GUGGGUUUUGUGCAGAUCAUUGGCGAUGAGCAACACGAAGCGCAACAAGUCGGGGACCGUCGAGGACGACGACGACGUGGUCGUCUUCAACGCAGCCGCGUACUCGGUCGUGGCCUCCUGGAUCAAGCCGACCAAGGACGACGACGAAGCGGACGCGCGCCUGCUCAACAAGAAGCCGCUGUACACGGGCGCGCCGUCGAUGACGGACGAAGACAAGCUCUUGGCCUCCAAGAUCCUCAAGAAGAAGCGCCCCGAACCUGUGGAUGUCGCCAAGGUUGACGAGAACGACGAGAACGACGAUGAGGACGAACUCCAGCGCGGCCGCGGUGCGCCGACCAAGAAGCAGCGCUUUGUGAGCCCGCAGGAGCAGCUAUUGCAAUCCCUUCGCGAGCAGCAGGAGAAGCGGCGGCUAAAGAACAAGAAGAAGCAGAAGAACAAGGCGAAGCACUCGACGUAAGAUAUGAACAAAGCAC